CAGAAUACCAACAAAAACCGCUUCCCCGGUCUCGCGGGGCCGCGAAACAUGGCCUAAUUCGCCGUUACUGGCGCUGGCGCUGUGCCGUCUUGAUGCCACUGGUGGCUGCUCUGCCGUCGGUCCGAUCGGUCCGCACGUUAGCGGCGAGGGCCGCGAAGCUCGAGGAUCGAGUCCAUCUGGCUUGGCAGAGGCAAUGGCCACGUGUGGUGGAGGUCGAGAUGGAACUCCAGCGCCCUCUCGGGGCGAUCGAGAAUAUCCUCAAGAUGGAUGCACCGGAGGAAGUGAACGAGCGCGACCCGUUGAUGUGGACGAACUUAACUGAAGGCGUGCAGAGGAACCUGAAAUUUUUGAAUAAGGAAAUGUGCUGCCUGGGCUCAGUGGGCGCCUGUGGCGUCUUCUUGCUGGUCUUCUCCAUCUUGGAAGCCUCCGGAAACGUGGAGGUGGAUGGGAUGUGGUUUUUGGUGCUUUUCCUGUGGUUCCUCUUCAGUAUCCUCGGGGCCUUCCUCAUCAAGUUUUUGGGUUUGGCCUUGUUCGAUGCGGCCACACAUGACGUGGUCGGCGGGAUCAAUGAUCUCCUGGCGGAGCACAAGGGUUCAUUGCUGGUCAUCAAGUAUUGUGUGUCUGGACGAUGUUUCAAUGCCACACGGACACUCGAACUUUGGAGUGAAAAGCCGGACGAGGAGGCGGGUGGUUCCGCGCUGGCGGGGGAUUUCGUGAACUUCGGCGCCUCUUCCCUGGCGAGCGCCUGCUUGCGCCUGCUUGCGCCUGCUUGCGCCUGCUUGCGCCUGCUUGCGCCUGCUUGCGCUUGGCUAGAUGGGUAUGUCAUGCCUAUCCCCGAACCGGGCGACUUUGGCUUGGAGGCCCUCCCACCACCACGUGCCAAUGAGGUCGAGCUCAUGACGGAUGCUUUGGACACUUACCAGGUGGGCGAGUCUGUGUGCUCGGAGCAAAGGGACUUGGAGGAUUUCAGCUUUCGUCUGGUGGUCUAUCCACAAGGCUUCUCUGCUCAGAACCGCUCGGUGGCAGCCUUCGUGGAAGCCCAGGAGCCUGGCACUGAAGAGGAAGAAUGGUCCAAAGCCGUGCGGUUCCAAGUGACGUUGAUGAACUGCAUCGAUUACCGUGUGAGCAUUGGCCGGAUCGAUGAAGGAGACUUUACCAAUGAACAGACAGAUCGAGGUUGGCCAGAUCUUCUUCCUCAGGAGCUGGCGACGGCCGAGAGGGGAUGGGUACGUGAGGAUGGAUGCUUGUUGCUUCGAGCUGCAUGUAGCCUUCGCCACGGCCCCUCCCUCGCCGCCAAAGCCACGUCUGCGCCCGCGGCGCCCGGCGCCAGCGCGCCCGAGCCGCAGCUCUACGGCGCCGCCGCCGACGACGCCUCGGCCGUGUCAACGGCGGAGCCCGCGGCGGAUGACCCGCAGCGCGGCGCCAGCGGCGCGUCACCGUGGGCGUUGACGACGCCAAGCAGUGUAGCAGCCACUGCUCCACAGGAGAGUCCCAACGCGGCGAUCGCGGCCAAGGUGAAUUUGGCCUCCAGCGUGAAGGCUUGUGAGGAGCGCCAUGAUAGUCGGCCCAUCGGGGAAACGCAGAUGAGCAGUGCAGCCAAGGAAGAACGCCACACUAGCCGGCCAGAUGCCGCAGCGAAGGAGAUGGAAUCUGCGACAGCAGCUGCGACCGCAGCAGCUGCGACCGCAGCAGCUACGACAGUCGCUGUGAAGAAGAUGCCCAGCGUGGCGUCCUCCGCGCCGCUGCCGGCCGAUGUGGACGAUGCCGACGACGCGGCGGUGCCCGGCGAACCGGCGCCGGCGGUGCCCCACGGGCGCGGCGGCGUGCUCGCCUCGGCACGCGAGGCCAAGGUGCCACUCCAUGGCCCUGUGCCAGUGAUGGUCAGCUUCGACUGCCCAGAGCCGCGCAUGCCACAGCCGAUCUUCUCCGAAGACUAUCCCGAUGAUGAGAUGCCCGGGUAGGUCUUGAGGAGCUCGUGCAGACUGAGUAGUUCGGGCCAGUAGCUCGUUGCUGACCUGAACCGUU